AGAAUUCCAAUAAUUCAUUACUCGGUGCAAGAAACGGGACUCGGGAGAUGAUCAGUCCUAGACUGAAGAAAAAGAUGAGACAUAACGGUACUAAAAUAAUCGUUUGUGUUCGGUGUAUUAAAGAUUAUGGUGGAAUGAAGUUUGGUCGUGUAUCAGUUUAAAAUGCUGAAAUAUAUUUCACGGUUUACGAGGUUUUAUCGUUAUCGUGUUUACAGUUUAUUGUGUACUCAAUCCAGUCCUCGAAUUUUGCCAACAUUUACCAAAACUUUGUCUUUUACUGUAUCAUUUACUUGGUGGCCAUUGGAAUUAUGGAAGAAGAAAGAUAUACACGAACAGUGUCAACAACUAUUCAAUGAUUCCUUAUUUCAUAUAGUUACGGGUGAAUUCAGUGUGGCAAAUGAUAAAUUACAUGAACUACUGUGGUUUGUCAACCAAUCUUAUCAAAAUCAUGAGUUAACCAAUCGCGAAUACAUCGAUAAACGUGCACGGAUAUGUUCCGAGAUGGCAAAUCUAAAUCUCCUUAUGGGAAAUUAUUUAGAAGCAGAAAAAUUAAUUAAACAGACAAUGGAGGAUUGUUUAACAGCCAAAAUAUCACCGAAUGAUGCAAUGUUUAUUGAGUUGUCACUUAAAAUGUCCAUGCUUUUCGAAAAGUCUGGUAGAUUAGAUGAUGCUGAGAAGGGUUUUCGAUUUUGUAUAGAAAAUCAAGAGGAAAAGUUAACAAGUUUCGAUGAAAGUAUCGACCAUAUAAAUGAAAAAGCUUUACUGGGAAUGUGUUGUAAUUAUUUCGCCAAAUUUCUCUUUGCUAAUCAAAGACAAACAGAAGCUUUAGCUUAUGCUCAGCGAGCUUAUGAAAUUGCCAGUCAAAUUUAUCCUUUAGACCAUGCAAACUGUUUAAAUUUAUUAAUUGAUAUUAGCGUUAUCUAUGCUGAUUUAAAUGUAUUUACAGAGUCUCAACGUAUUCUUGAACAAGUUAUUCAAACAAGUCAAACCAAGUAUCAAUUUUUCAUUGAUAAUUACUCUAAUGAUAAUGAACUACUGAAAUCCAACGUUUCAAAACAACGUGAAAUGCAUGAAAUUAUGUAUACUCUAAUACAUUCAAUAUUACAAUUAGCCGUUGUUAAUUUAAUGUUGAAAAACUAGAAUUUGUGAACCAGUUAUUAUUACAAGCUGAUCACAUCAUUAAUCAAAUUGAUCAAUUGGGUUUAAAAGUCUCUACGCACCGUAAACUUAUUAAUGAUUUCAAAAUGGAACAUCAUUUUCAAAUCUAGAAAUGUUUUCGACUCCCUCAUCUUUGUUGUUUCUUUCUUCAAUUUUGUAUAGAGAUUUAUAUGAAUGUAUUUUAGAGUGAGUUAUAUUAUAAAUGACUAAAAUUGUAUAUUUGAGUGACGUGACAAGGUUACUUUCUUAUGUUCACGAUAAUUGCUGCAAAUCAUUCUUUUUUCCUACCUAUUUAUCAUUAUAUCUUGUUGAUAAGUACCGCUUAAAUGCUUUUUAUAGUUUUACAAUUCAGUUUGUUUUACUAUUAUGAGUCCAAAAUCCCUAAUUCCCUCCAUAACCUUUGCUCUUUUCUGGCUGGUUACUUUAUGAUUC